AUAAUAAAACCCCCGUUGGAAUUUCUGAAGACAUUUUCAUACCCUGGAGUCGAUUUUCAUUUAAUUAUUCACCUUGGGCACUAAUUAUUUCUUCUAGCCUUUUCAAUUUCAUAAAUUAAUUGUUCUAUUGAUAAUUUCUUGUAUGAACUUGAUGGAAUUCUUCAAGUGUUUUCCUCGAUUAUUCGAAAUUUAAUUCUUGGGGGUGAUAUGUUAGUUCAAAAAUGAUGGAUGUUAUUGAUGUACUGGCAAUGCAAAGAGAGAAGAGGAGUUCUCUGCAAAAAAGUAUAACGAUGGAUUACACGAGUUCAAAUGACAGUUUCACAGUCGCUCGAUUUAUUUUCGAAUGUGGAAUGAAAUUGGAGGCACAUCCCCUGACAGUUGCCACAGCUGCAACAUUGUAUCACAGAUUCAUCAGAGAAUCAACAGCAAAAGCCUACGAUCACUACCUGAUAGCAGCCACAUGCCUGUACUUGGCAGCAAAAAUAAAGGACGACCUCCUGAAGAUCAGGGACGUAAUGAAUGUGGCAUCAAAUACUCUCCAUCGAGGCUCCCAGCCCCUGGAACUUGGGGAUCAGUACUGGAGCAUCAGAGAUGCUAUUGUUCAAGCAGAAUUACUCGUCAUGAGAAUGCUGAAAUUCCACGUCAAUCCUGUCCACCCGCAUAAGUAUUUGCUCCACUAUUUGAGAUCUCUUCAGGCUUGGUUCGGUGAGGACGAGUGGUCCAAGUACCCAGUGGCCAAGACCAGUAUGGCAUUGCUCCAGGAUUUCCACCACGUCCCAGCAAUUCUCGAUUACCCACCCAACCUCAUCGCCAUCGCCUGUAUUAAUUUAACUCUUCAAAUUUAUGGGGUCGUCGUGCCACUCAUGGACGAGUGCGAUCAAUUACCCUGGUUUAAUGUUUUUUUGCAAGGAUCUCACCAGGGAGAAGCUGUGGGAAAUAAUGGAGAAGAUCAUGAGCUCCUACGAUCAGGAACCCGAGACCCGCGAUGCCCUCUGAAUCUUUUUGAAUAAUUUUCUAUAAAUUGCAAACAAGAGAAAAUGCCUGAAACACAAUUUUUACACAUUAAAUAAAAAAGCAUGCGCCACUUCUCUUCAA